GCUAGCUGGUUAGGCUAGCUAAACAGGGCUACAAAUGGCUGGAUAUCGUUAUUAAAAUGUCGUUUCCAAGCAAGUAUAAAGCAGCUCAGCUAUGAGGUCAUACUGCAGAAUGCUGCACAGCAUUCCCCUCCUAUAUCCCACCGCUCAAAGAUGGCUACACACUUGCCCCAGAUCAAAUGGGCUUGUACUGUACAAAAAACUCUUCAGGCAGUUGUCCACACACCAUCCAUCUCCCCAGCACAGAAUUAGCGACGGCUUUGUGGAAGUUCUAGGCCAUGUUUAUCCACGAGACGCUAUGACCAACGUAACGACUAAAAUCCUCUCCAAGGUGGGCCGCGGGCUUCACAACCAGGUGCACCACCCACUGUGGCUUCUCAAAGAGCGAAUCAAAGACCAUUUCUACCGCUCCUACCUAAGCCGACUGGGCACGCCCCUCUUCUCUGCGCACGACAACCUCAGCCCCGUGGUGACGGUGGAGCAGAACUUUGACAGUCUGCUCAUACCCGCUGACCACCCCAGCCGGAAGAAGGGCGAUAACUACUACCUGAACCGCACUCACAUGCUACGCGCCCACACCUCCGCCCACCAGAGGGAGCUGGUGCGUGCCGGGUGCGACGCUUUCCUGUUAGCUGGAGAUGUGUACAGGAGAGAUGAGAUUGACUCCAGCCAUUAUCCCGUGUUUCACCAGAUGGAGGGAGUGCGACUUUUCUCCAAACAUGAGCUGUUUGCACACGUGGAGAACGGCGAGGACCUGGCGCUCUUCGAGCGCGGUGGCCGACGCACGCCACAGAAGCAGGAGAGCCACACUCUGGAGGCCGUCAAGCUCGCGGAGCUCAGCCUGAAACAGACGCUCACCCAUCUUGUCAGGCACCUUUUCGGGGAAGAGUUGGAGAUUCGCUGGGUGGAGUGCUACUUCCCUUUCACACAUCCUUCUUUUGAAAUGGAGGUGUGUUUCCAGGGCGACUGGCUGGAGGUGCUAGGCUGUGGUGUGAUGGAGCAGGAGCUGGUGAAUUCAGCGGGGGCAGAGAAUAAAGUUGGCUGGGCCUUUGGCUUGGGCCUGGAACGCCUGGCCAUGGUUCUGUUUGGCAUCCCGGAUAUCCGCCUGUUCUGGAGCCAGGACGAGAGCUUCCUCCAGCAGUUCCACCUGCCGACCAUCCACCAUCCAGUCACCUUUCAGGCCUUCAGCAAGUACCCAGCCCUGUUCAACGAUAUCUCAUUCUGGCUGCCGGCAGAAGGCUACACCGAGCACGACUUCUAUGAGGUGGUGCGGAGCAUUGGUGGAGAUCUGGUGGAGAGGGUCUCACUGUUGGACCAGUUCACGCACCCAAAGACAAAAAAGGUGAGCCAGUGUUUCCGCAUCGUGUACCGUCACAUGGAGCGAGCCCUGACCCAGGGGGAAGUACGUGUGGUCCACCAGGCCAUCGAACAGGCAGCUGAGAAGGAGCUGGGGGUUCAGGGCAGAUACUGAGCCUGCAACGUUCUUCUGGGCUUCCCAGUCCCAGGCCACAUGAAAUACCUUUUGAGUACUCCAUGUUAAGUGCUUCUUCCAAAAAACGCCUCAAAUGUUCCCCUUCACAUGUACAAGUAAAAAGUCAUUGAUUUAUAAAUGAUGUGAGUGUCUCAGAUCCAUAUUGUUUAUUUUUUUAAAAGCAUAUGAUCUCUAAGAACUUCAUAGAUACACUUUGCACUCACUGUUCACUCAUGUGCUUCAGCCUUUGCCCUUGAAUCUGGCCACCCAUCCCAAGUACUCGUCUCCUGUAUCCUGUGCAGUACACUGAGGUUCCUGUUAUCCCACUGCCUCUGGGAACCUUUCAUCUGAAGCACUGAGAGGCUGGACUCAAACACCUCCAUCACAUCGGCAUGUUGCCCGGAGGGAACAGGUUUUGAUUUAAUACAGACGUCGUCUUAGUCAUUCACUGCCGUGGAUUCUGGCCAGCGGUGGGGGCAGAUGAGAGAGUCCAGUGAGGACACUCACUCUGCAGCGCCUUCUCGCUUUGUGUUUUUCUAACAACGAUUUGAGGUGGCAUGUAAUGACAUUGCGUGUAGGAAACUGGUCGGGUCAUGAAACGCGUCCUGAAUUGUUAGGAGUAAUGGAGAAGUAAGCAGAAUGCAUAGAGUUACCAGUACCUUUUAAUGUAUGGCUUGAGAUGUAAAAAUAACGUAAGCAAUGUCCUCAGAUAAGCUGGUGACAUUUCAUCUGUGCCCCUUUGGUUUUGUUAAGUUUGUAUCAUUACAAAGGAGAUUUAUGCAAAUUCCUAUAAAUCUGUAAUCAUGAGGUUCUGUUGAAAGUUCUGGAAUCUUCUAGACAUGAUUUUAGCGUUGCCAAUUUACCUUCUUAUGAAUAAUGAAUAAGUUGUUAGAAACUUAUGAAUAAGUUGUUAGAAACACUAUAGUGGGUUUUCUAUCCAGGGUUUUUUGAAUAAAUGAUGACUUAUCAAGCUGUAAGACCGAGGCAAGUCUUUCCAUUUUGCUUGUUUUGAUGAGGCUCCUAAUCAUGGUAGCCUACAUUACCUAAAGUUUCCUGGCAUAACCUGGCAUAAUUCACUUUUUUUUUUUUUUCUGCCAAAAUUUCAUAAAUGCACAUAACGUUUGGAUGGAGACCCAUCUUAUGACUACUGAACCCCACCAUUAUCCCCAUUUUUUUUUUUUUUACAACCUGUUUGUGGGAGUACUUAACAAUAUUGCAUAUGAAAUAUCAUAAAACUGAAUUCCAUUUCUUUUAUCGUUUUAGUUCAUAAGCUUAGCACAAAUUCUAUUUUGAAAUUAAAAUUUUUUUAUAUUAUUUAAAUAUUAAAUGUAUUAUUUAUAUAUUAAAAAUGUUAGUACACAUGGUGCAUGCUGACUUGCCCUAUUGAAAACUACAAAAUGUCAUCACUUUCCAGUUCAUUAAA